GGCCGGCCCCGCUGGAGGGCAGAGCACGAAGGGGGAGGCGACGCGAAACGAGGGGCGGGCACUGCUGGGGCCGCGUCCCUGGCGUGUGAGCAUGCAGCGCCGGGAGGAGGGCGGCCUCGGCCGGGCCGGGGGAGGUUCGGACUGAAGUUAGGGACGGGAAGAGAGGAAGAGAGAGCGCUGCCGGAAGCGGCGGAGCGGCGGCUCGGGGAGCCCCGCGGGCAGCAUGUAGUUGGGUGACAGCACGCAGACAGCAGCCGCCUGCCCCGCCGGGCCGGGAGCCCGUUCUCAGCGCUCGGCUCCUCCGUUUCUCGUCGCGGUUCUCCGUCGGCCGCCCGCCCCGCCGCAGCCAUGGGGCUGCCCACGCUGGAGUUCAGCGACUCGUACUUGGACAGCCCGGAUUUCAGGGAGCGCCUGAAGUGUCACGAGAUCGAACUCGAGAGGACCAACAAGUUCAUCAAGGAGCUAAUCAAGGACGGCAGCCUCCUCAUCGGGGCCCUGCGGAAUUUAUCCAUGGCAGUGCAAAAGUUUUCACAGUCCUUACAAGAUUUCCAGUUUGAGUGUAUUGGAGAUGCUGAAACAGAUGAUGAAAUUAAUAUAGCUCAAUCACUGAAAGAGUUUGCACGGCUCCUGAUUGCUGUAGAAGAGGAAAGGAGACGACUGAUCCAGAAUGCGAAUGAUGUGCUCAUAGCACCACUGGAGAAGUUCCGUAAAGAACAAAUAGGAGCAGCAAAAGAUGGGAAGAAGAAGUUUGACAAGGAAAGUGAGAAAUAUUACUCCAUUCUAGAGAAGCACUUAAAUUUAUCAGCAAAGAAGAAAGAAUCUCAUUUGCAAGAUGCGGAUACACAGAUUGAUAGAGAACAUCAAAACUUCUAUGAAGCAUCAUUGGAAUAUGUUUUUAAAAUCCAAGAAGUACAAGAGAAAAAGAAAUUUGAAUUUGUUGAACCUCUCUUGGCCUUUCUUCAAGGAUUAUUUACAUUUUACCAUGAAGGAUAUGAACUGGCUCAGGAGUUUGCACCAUACAAGCAGCAGCUUCAAUUCAAUUUGCAGAAUACCCGGAAUAACUUUGAGAGCACGAGGCAGGAAGUGGAGAGACUCAUGCAAAGAAUGAAGUCUGCCAACCAAGAUUACAGACCGCCAAGUCAGUGGACAAUGGAAGGCUAUCUCUACGUGCAGGAAAAAAGACCACUUGGAUUUACAUGGAUAAAACAUUACUGCACUUACGAUAAAGGAACAAAAACAUUUACAAUGAGUAUAGCUGAAGCUAAAUCUGGUGGAAAAGUGAAUGGCCUUGUCACAAGCUCGCCAGAAAUAUUCAAGCUGAAAUCUUGCAUCAGGAGAAAGACAGACUCGAUUGACAAACGCUUCUGUUUCGAUAUUGAAGUAUUUGAGAGACCUGGAAUCAUCACACUGCAGGCUUUUUCAGAAUCCAACAGAAAACUGUGGCUUGAAGCUAUGGAUGGAAAGGAACCAAUCUACACACUGCCAGCCAUUAUUAGCAAGAAGGAAGAAAUGUUCUUAAAUGAAGCAGGUUUCAACUUUGUGAGGAAAUGUAUCCAUGCUGUAGAAACAAGAGGCAUUACCAUCCUGGGGCUGUACAGAAUAGGUGGUGUAAACUCCAAAGUGCAAAAGCUGAUGAAUACCAUAUUUUCCCCUAAAUCUCCUCCUGAUAUGGAUAUUGAUAUGGAAAUCUGGGACAAUAAAACAAUAACUAGCGGACUUAAAAACUACCUCAGGUGUCUUUCAGAACCACUGAUGACAUUUAAGCUGCACAAAGAUUUCAUUGUUGCUGUUAAAUCAGAUGAUCAGAACUACAGAGUUGAAGCAGUGCAUGCACUUGUACAUAAAUUACCAGAGAAGAACAGAGAGAUGCUGGACAUCCUUAUCAAGCACUUAGUCAAGGUAUCGUUACACAGUCAGCAAAACCUUAUGACGGUAUCCAACCUUGGUGUUAUCUUUGGACCAACUCUGAUGAGAGCCCAAGAAGAAACUGUGGCUGCUAUGAUGAACAUUAAGUUUCAGAACAUCGUCGUUGAAAUUCUUAUAGAACAUUAUGAAAAGAUAUUCCACACUGCACCAGAUCCCAAUAUUCCUCUUCCCCAACCACAGUCCCGUUCAAGUUCGAGAAGGACAAGAGCAAUUUGUCUCUCCACAGGUCCUCGUAAACCCAAAGGAAGAUACACACCAUGUCUAGCAGAUCCUGACAGUGACUCAUACAGCAGUAGCCCAGAUAGCACUCCCAUGGGCAGCAUCGAAUCCCUCUCCUCUCACUCCUCUGAGCAGAACAGCACCACCAAAUGUGUGACCUCUCAGCCCAGGGAGAAGUCAGGAGGGAUUCCAUGGAUUGCCUCACCCCCUUCUUCAAAUGGCCAGAAGAGUUCAGGCCUGUGGACAACGAGUCCAGAAUCCUCAUCAAAGGAGGAUGCAACAAAAACAGACAUGGAGUCAGACUGCCAAAGUAUAGCUUCUGUCACUGGGCCGGAGAAUGCCUCUCCUCCCAUAGAUCUGACCAAGAAGAGUUCCUAUGGUCUGUCUGGCCUGAAAAGAUCUUCAGGUUCUUCCCUCAGAUCAAUUCCAUCAGCUGAAGGUAACAAAAGCUGCAGUGGAUCUAUACAGAGCUUGUCUUCAACAGAUACAAAAGAUACACCAAAGGCUCCACUAAAUCCUGACUUGCCUCCCAAAACGUGCAGAAGAUUAAGACUAGAUACUGCAUCAAGUAAUGGCUAUCAAAGACCAGGAUCUGUAGUGGCUGCAAGAGCACAGUUGUUUGAAAGUGCUGGUUCACUUAAACAAGUUUCUUCAGGACGACAAGCAAAAGCCAUGUAUUCCUGUAAGGCUGAGCACAGUCAUGAGCUGUCUUUCCCACAGGGGGCAAUCUUUUCCAAUGUGUAUCCAUCAGUGGAACCAGGCUGGUUAAAAGCAACUUAUGAAGGCAAAACAGGACUCGUUCCCGAGAAUUAUGUUGUCUUCCUCUAGUAAUCUUUAGUGGACAGCAAUAUCUUCAUGGUAUCCAUGGUAACAAAUAAUAAGCACUCUGAUUUUUUAUCUGACACAGAUAUGGGAUCAGCCCGUUAGCUGAGAGCGGUAGAUUUCCUUCAGAUACUGCAGCUGCAGGUUACAUAGCUCCCUAUCAACGGAACAGAAUGUAAUGAAACAGUUAACAGUUACUGUACUGAAGACGGUACUCUGUUUAAAUAACUUCCAUUGUUUGCAAAGGUUGUUCUGUUCUUCUUUUAUGGGUAAGGAACACUAAAGCAAUAAAAUCAAAGAAGUUGCCAUUUAGCUGCAGACCUUCAGGUCUGAGGAUGUUGCACACAGAAGUGUGAAAUUUAGAGGGAAUGCACUCUAUGGCAUUUCUUGGAAUCAGUAUUUCUUAAUAUGAAAAGGUUCAUAAUACAAGUGAUGCAUUGUGAUCUGAAUGCUUCCUUACAGAAUCUGAUUCUGAGGUUAGUCCUGAUCAUUUCAAAUAAGAAACAGGUCUUCCAUAAAUCAGAAGUUUGAAUUUCUGUUAGACAUUGAGCUCGCAAUAUGUUACAGAAUGUAUGUAACUGGUAGUGAAAUCAGAUUACUGCCUGAACAGUAAAUUCUCCUUCAGAAUGUGAUGUUUAAUUUAUGUUUCAUUUAGCUACUUCUUAGUGUUAAGGUUCUUAGUUCCUCCUUUCUGUGUGAACACAAAUAACAGUAACUUGUAUUUCCAUGUUACCAACCAGGUGGGAAGUAAUCUCAGUGUAUCUCAGAGCACGGGUUGUAGGAAGCCAGGAGAUACUGAAUCUGGAAUGAUUCGUAGAUACCAAAGAAGGGAUGAAAAUAAAGUGUUACGUUUUCAAACCCGAGAUAAAACGUAACUGAGUCCUUUUCAAGUUUUUCCAUUGUAAGACAGAUAUCCUGUGAAGUUGCAGGUUUUAUAAGCUCUGGAUGCCAAAAGUUUUUAACCUGACUUCCACUGAAGUAUUUGGCAAAUGUUUCCUCCAUUCCACAGAAUAAAAGAAUUAACUUUUAGCUAAUGCAGUUUUUGUGAAUGCCUGUCGUCUGCUGCUGGAGGGACUGGAAGGAAAAAAGAACAACAACCCCAAACCAGAAAAUACAAACAGCUUUUUAAACUGGAGGCUCUUUCUUGCACACCUUGAUAGGAAAACAUGCAGUGCUUAGUUGUCUCCUUACUGUGCUAUACUGAGAAACAAGAGAUUUAGGCACCGUAUGAACAGUUUUUCAGUGUUGGUGGUACAGAAAGAAUUCACUGUUUCAAAAAGUAACCCAACCUUCGUUCUUUGUCUGGUAACAUUAAGCAACAUAUAAACAGUCUAUUAAUUUCUAAGGUUUACACUGCUUCUAGAAAGUUUAAAGAUGAGCUGUUAGAUCUACAACCAGCAGCAAUCUAUUGAUGGCUUCUUUUUUUUCCAUAGCCUUUUUCUAGUUUAAAUUAGAAAAUAGGUUUACUGUCAGCGUGUGUAUAAAGAGCAUGACUUUUGCAGAGUAAUUCUUCGUUGGGAUUCAGGCUGUUGGAAAAAGUUUCUAGGACCUUCUGCUGGUUAAAGUAUUAGUGGCGCUCCAGAAAGGGCAGAGCCUGGAGGAGCAUCUUUCUGUUGUUUCAGCUGGGGAGUGUGUGGCAUUAAUUCAGGCUAGAGGGAGUAAAGCUGACUGCAGGCAGUUGAAGACAAGCUGCUUGAAUUAGUGACAGACUGAUCUGGGUUCUUUCUUCACUCUAAAGAGCUUCUAAGGCAAGGGUCAGAUUGGGUAUCAGGAAGAGAUUCUGCACCAGAGGGUGGUGGGCAUGGAACAGGCUGCCCUGGGCUGUGGGCACAGCCUGGAACUGCUGGAGUUCAAAGUGCAUAUGGACAGAGCACUCAGAUAUACAGUGUGAUUUUUGUGUGGCCCAAGUUGGACUCAGGGAUCCUUGUGGGGCCCUUCCAUCUUGGGAUGCUCUAUGAUUUUAUGAUUAGGUCGCAAAGCUGUAUUCAGUACAUGGUGAUGAAGUGUUCAUCACAGGCAGUGGAGGCAGAGGUGUGGGCUCAUUGCAUUUACCCAGAGCUGAUGUGAAAGGAAGUGAGGAAUGAUUCUAUGAUUCUGACUUUUCUCCUCAGACUGAGCCUUUCUUGAUUUUAAAGCAAGACAGUAUUUCUUUUUCUAACCUACUCCUGCAGCUGCCUCUGCCCUGGGAAGAUCAAAAUGGGUUUGUUUGUGUCUUUGCUUUAUUUCACAAUCCAGAAAUCGCAAGGUGUCAGAUAACUUAUCCCUGCUGAGCUGCCCAGGAGCAGUGCUGCUGCAGGGGAAAGGAGCAGGGAGGGAGACAGCUGCAGUCAGAGACACGAGGCCCCACAUGUGUAUCACCUGUGUGGAGAGAUGCUGUGCCUGGAUCUGGCAGCAGUACCAGGCAAACUGGCCUCUGUUGAACAUCAUCUUAUGAUCCCUCACACUUAUUAAGAGGAAUUUAAUUGUGAAAUUCUUGAGAAACAGCGAAGUAGGAAAUUAUUGCUCCUAUUUGCUUCAGUCUGUAUUUGUUUGGGUGUUCUCAGAAGGAGGUUCUGAAGCCAGCUGAUCUGAGUGCAAACUGGAGGACUCAAAGUUGCUACGUUCAUAUGAAGCAAAAAUAAAGAUGCAAAGUUCAGUUCCAGAGCCUGUAAGCAUUGAGGGAAAGGUUGUGGAAGUACUGGGAGGAGUCCCUCUUGGGGAGGGGUGGUCUGUUCCCAUGCAUUCAGCUCACGUUAGAUACAAAAUUCAGCUGCAAAGAUAGCUUCAUAAGGAAGUGAGUUUCAUUAAUUUGGCUGCGCACCGAACUAAUCUGUCUUAUUUAAGGCUGGGCACUUUUUCAGGCCCUUCUGAAGCAGCCACGAUGAUCAAAUAAAUAAUUUGAAAGGAGGUUGAAUUUAAAAUGGCAUUUCCAUCUGAAAAUGUUACAUCCUUUUUUAAUUACAGUUAAUAGUGACAGAUAUUAGGGUUACUUCAUUUCUUUCUUCUACAGUACAUAACAAGCAUUUUCUGUAUCUCCACGCUGUGGGUUCUGGAUGCCUCAGCUCUUCUCUGACUUUCCAAGAGGGAGUUUUUCUCCACAAUUUGUGAUAAAUAACAGUGUUCACAGACUAGAAUGAGAGAGAGCAGCACCGCGGUCAUCUCAUGACCCCUGGCCAAAUAUCCUUUCUCGUAGCUGUAAAGAAGCAGAAAUCCACGUAACAUUUAAAUGAAGAUACAACGCUCAGAUAGUGCCUUACCAGAAAAUUAAGAAGGCUGAACUAAUUCACGGUAUUGAUUUAAUGUUUGUUUUGUUAUUGAAGUCAAAUUCUCUCUACAAGCAAAGUCUACUUUGUAAAAGAACAUGUCAGUUUUCUCUGAACAUCGCUGUAGAAUUGCAGGUAGAUAACACGCGAUGGCUUUUGUUUGUGUCUGUAGCCAGGGCUUGUGUCAUUAGCCGUGUUUAUUCUGUGUUAAACUUUUGGUACGUGUUGCAGCACAACAUGAACCAAAUUAAUAGAGUGAAGGACUGAUAUAUUGUAAGAUAAAUAUGUAAAGAAUAUUAAUAAUUUUAUAUUCACGCUUCUUAUUAAUGGCGAUAAAGAUGAAAAAAAACUAUUUUUGAUGUAAUUUCUGUGAGUUCAGCGUUACAGUGUUUUUGCCAUAGGUUGGCAUUUAGAGUUCUAUGUAACAAAACUCUUAAAUUAAACUGUAGCUGUCUGAAGUCCCCACCUGAUCUAUAAAGUUCAUUUGUUUUAUUAUCUCUGGAAAAAAAUGACACACAGAUUUGCUGACCAGCGCUACUCUGUGGUAGGAAUAGUAAUUUAUUUUCCUCUUACGCAUUCUUUGUUGAUAAACUCUAUUCUUCACCUGUAAUUGGCUUUGCUUUAAUAUGCCUUUAGAAAAGAUUCAUUAGGAAGAGAAGUUGCAAAACUCAUCAGUUCAAAACAGUAGUUACAACAACAAGAAAAGCUUUAUGUGGCAGCAGUUGGAUUUUUGUGACAUUCUCCCACUUGUCUGUUUUCCAGUUAAUAAGAACUAGUUAAUAGGAACUGAAUAAACGAUGAACCCCAAAGGUCCGUUGUUCUUCGUGCUUCUUUUCCUAAGGUAACAGUUGGUACGGUUUGGGAUUGAGAAAGAAGAAAGGCAGUAAGGGAGCUAGGCCUCAGCUGGGGGGGAUGUCUCAACUGAUGGGAGCUCUCAGAGCUCUAGUGAACCCAAAGGUAGACAGACCUUGGGCAAUUUGUAGUGAGGUUUUGCUGGCCAGAAGCCCUCAUGAAAUAAACUGAAUAUUCUGCUAAUGGGAAAACAUGCUUGGCAUUAUCCUUUUGUUUUCAGCAGCACCCCGUGUGAAUCAUUCAGUUAGAGGAUAAAAAGCAGUAAGCAACGUUCAGUCCUGCACUUUGUGGUUAUGCAGCCACUGGUGCUGCAGCCCUUCCAGUUGCUGUUCAUGCAAAAGUCAGACUGUUGAUCAGGCUGUGUCGGCACCGGUCCGGAGGUCUCUUUUUGCAUAAGGUUUUACACGGGCAUUUGCUUUCUUUUAAUAAGGUGCUUGGUAUCCAAACAGCUACUAAUACAAUGUUGUCAUUCAGUCACUGAAGGUAAUAGCAUUGUUUCUCUUGUCCUGUAUGUGGCAGUAUUUAAUAAGCCGCUGGAUAACCUUUGUUAUUUUAAGUAUAGAGAAUGGUGUUUUAACCCUUGGAUGUCUGGGCUGAAUGCUGUUCUGCAACUGAGCUUCUUUGCAAGUGUUGUAUCAAGAGUUGUCAUUAAAGUUCUGUCACCAAAGGCUGCAAAAUGAUCUCAGCACUGCAAGAGUUUAUGUUAUAGCAAAGGGCAGAGCAGCUGGAGAGAGCAAACAGACAGGGUCAAUGUUCCAAGCAUAUUUAUGACAGUUCUGGAGGUAUUAGAGUUUAUAGGGGUUACUUUAGAUACUAUAUGGUAUUUUAAUAGGAAAGUAUAUACAAUCAAUUACUAUAUAUAUAUAUAUAUAUAUAUAUUUAAUAAAUUCCUACUAAAUUAUCUUAUUGAACUCUUUGUUUAUUUUGUGGUGUGGUUUCAGUAAUUAUCUGCACUCUGUAUAUAUCUACGUGUAAAUAACUGGCAUGACAUGCAUAAGCUGACUUGCAGGCAGCUCUAUGUUGUACUUUACACUGUAUUUCAGAAAUCUGUUAAAUGUUUUAAAAAUAAAAAAAACCUUCCUACAUA